UUACUGACAGGAAGUUUUCUCCUGUGUUUGAUAAAAUCAUGUAACGAUAAGUCGGGAAAUGCUGACGUCAUAGACGAGGCUUUUUGGGGAAUUGACAUGUAUUUGACUAUUGAGGGCGUUUCUUCGCAUGCCACUGAUUUUUCUUGUUUGGAACGGUCUGACGACCGUGAGGUUGUGAUGAUAAAUUAAUUCUUUUUGAUGAGCCCAACGUUAUUGAACCGUGCUGAUACGUGCUGAAGUAUCUUGACAGCGUGGUCUCAUACUGGGUUUAGAACUUUGUGUCCUGCUUGAUUAUUUAUCGUCACAGUGUCCCCAACAUCAAGUUCAAUAACGCUUCAUCAGGAUGAAUGCAGCAGGUCAACUUCAAGCUGCUGGUGGGCAGUCUGAGGUCAGACAGGAAGAUGAAAACCAGGAAAAGAAACAGGAAAAAGUGUUGGAGGUGAAUCCUGAAGACUCGGUGAGUCAGUGUGUCAGCCAUACUAGCUCUGCUUCGUCAGCCAUGUUGAAAGCUAUGUCCAGAAAGGCAGCCCUAGCAGCUGAAGCAGCUGCUAUAGAAGAACGCCAACAGCUAGAACUUGAGGAAUUUCAACUAACGCAGCGUAAGUUGAGAUUAUCGAUGCAGACGAAGCUCAGGGUUGCAGAAGCAGAAGAACAGAUAUACCUAGAGUUUGAGAAUAAGAAGUUAGGAAUAAGCUUUCCUGAGAAAGAACAGGAUGAAACCUUACCAUACACUCCUGGCAAGGUGGUGACAGAGACUGUUGUUCCUACUAAGUCUACGAAGUGUAAGCCUAUCACAGCAGAUAGGUCUGACCAUGGACAACCGCUGACCAUGAGUGAUGAUUCAGAUGUAGUCACCCUACUGAAGGAAGGACAACAGGAGCAACGCCGUCUUUGGGAGGUGAUGCAGCUGCCUAAGGCCGAGUUGACGCCUUAUGACGGAAAUCCCCUAGAAUUUUGGGAGUUCUGGCGGAGUUUCGAGGACAACAUUGACUCUAGUUCGUGCGGAGAUAGGACGAAGCUAACUCGCCUCUUAUACUAUUGUCGAGGGGAACCUAAGAGACGUUUGAGUCCUUGCUUAUUAAUGAACGCAUCACAAGGAUAUUCAACAGCAAAGCGACUUCUGAUUGAAAGAUUUGGAGACCCAGUUGUCAUCACAGACUCCUGGAUGAAGAAGAUAACAUCUGGGAAGCAGAUUGGCCCUCGUGACAAGAAAGGUCUAAGAGAGCUGGCAGAUGACAUGAGUGUCUGCCUUAUGUCAUUUCAAGCAAUGGGAUUCGAACAGGAACUCUCCCCUCAGAAAGUGCUUCUCCCACUGGCGGAGAGACUGCCUUUCCAUUUAAAAGGGAAGUGGCUGAGCAGAGUUGGAGCGAUUCGGCGCCAGGAGAGAAUCCCAAGAUUUGAAGAUCUUAUGUACUUUGUGCAGGAGGCUGCGCAGGAAGUUAAUGACCCGGUGUAUGGAGAGCUGAUGUCUGGUCAGAGUGAGCAACGCACGCCUUCUCGAAGUGGGAAGUCAAAGGGCUCCUUCUCUACAUCUUCCACUGCAAAGCCUGUUGAACUACAUGUAGAGUGUUUCCAGUGCAAGGGUAACCAUAGACUGUGGGAUUGUAAGCAGUUUAAGGACUUGCCUCCUAAGGAUAGAAUGCGGUUAGCAAGGAAUAAGGGACUGUGUUUUAACUGUCUGAGACGAGGUCAUAUGAUAGGAGCAUGUAGUAGCAAGAGGACUUGCUCAGUAGAUGGUUGCACAAGGAAGCACAAUAAGCUUCUCCAUAUGACAGAACCUGAUGGCGGCACACAAAAUAGAAAUGUGGAGCAAGAAGCCUCCUGUAGUUCCACAGGGGCCGGCAGGAAAAGUGUGCUCCCUAUAGUGCCUGUGAGGGUGAAGGCAGAAGGCUGCCAAGUUAUGCUGUGGACAUAUGCAUUGCUGGACCAAGGGUCAACAAGUACAUUUUGUUCAGCAAGUUUAGCAAGGUCACUCGGUGCUAAGGGAGUCAAAGGGAAGCUUCUACUAACGACCCUUGAUCGUAAAGAAAGUACUGUCCACACUGAAGCCGUCAGUUUGGUUGUGGACUCCGGAGAUAACAGCAAGCAGAUCAAGAUGUUAUGUGUGUACACAAAGGAAAAUAUCAACGUCAAGGGUGUACACAUGGCCACAGUCGAUGACAUCAAAGGACUGACCCACCUAAGAGGGAUUGACAUCCCUGUGGCCACUGAAGAUGAGGUGGGAUUGGUCAUCGGUCAAGACGUCCCAGAAGCUCUGAUGCCUCUAGAGGUUAGACAUGGAGAGAAAGGACCAUACGCAGUAAGGACGUGCCUUGGGUGGUCACUCCAUGGUCCGCUCAGCCGAGCAUGUGAAAUGAACACUCCAGUGUAUGCUACGAACACCUUCAUCGAAGGAGAUCUGUGCCUCGAGAGACAGUUAGAGAGGUUCUGGAAGCUUGAGACCCCUGAUCCUUACAAGGAAGAGAGAGCUAUGUCAAGGAAUGAUGUCAAGGCCUUGGCAGAGUGGGAGCAGGGCAUCUGCAUAGAGGAAGGUCAUUAUCAGCUCCCUAUCCCGUUCAAGAAGAGACCUCCAGAUCUCCAGAAUAACCGAUGGUUGGCUGAAAGGAGACUCCAAAGUCUUGGAAGAAAGCUUAGUCAGAGUGAUGGUCUCCUUCAGAAGUAUACAGAUGGCAUGGCAGACCUUUUGAAGAAGGGAUAUGCAGAGGAGAUCAAUGAACUUGACAGUAAGAAGGAAUGCGAAUGGUAUUUGCCACAUCACCCGGUAUUCCAUCCCCAGAAACCGGGAAAAGUGAGAAUAGUCUUCGAUUGUGCAUCAGCAUGGAAAGGUUUGUCACUGAAUGAUGUGGUUAAUCAGGGACCAGAUCUGACUAACAAGCUGAUCGGAGUGCUGUUGAGGUUUAGAACUGCGCCAGUGGCUUUGAUGGCAGACAUUGAAGCGAUGUUUCAUCAAGUUCGUGUGCCAGCGCCAGACCGAGAUGUACUGAGAUUCUUAUGGUGGCCAACAGGUGACUUGAAGGAAGAUCCAUGUGUCUACAGAAUGUGUGUGCACUUAUUCGGUGGGACUUGGAGUCCCAGCUGCUGUAGCUAUGCCUUACGACGCACAGCUGAAGACAACAAGGGUGAAUUCUCUCCUGAAGCAGUAAAGGCAGUGACUAGGAAUUUCUAUGUGGACGACUGCUUAAUCUCCACUAAGGAUGAGGAAGAUGCCAUACGACUAGCACAAGAAUUGAAAAGCCUGCUAGAGAAGGGAGGCUUUAACCUGAUCAAGUGGACAAGUAACAACCGCAAAGUUGUGGAAGCCAUCCCAGUGGAGGAUAGAAGUAAACAAGUUAAGGACUUAGAUCUUAGCAAGGAAGCACUACCAGUUGAAAGAGCCCUGGGGAUCAAAUGGGAUGUGCAAGAGGACCGUCUAGAGUACAAGACAUUGAUAAAGGAGAAACCACUGACAAGAAGGGUUUGCUUAGCAUUGUGUCAAGCAUUUAUGACCCGCUUGGCUACCUGA